AUGGAGGAAAGGCUCAAUUUUAAGAGCAGUCCCGAAAAAGGGCAAGCACAAGAAAAUUUAGAGACCUUGAAUCAACCACAGGCUGCCAUCUCUAGUGCCCAACCCACGGCAGAGUCAGGGGCUAGCAUUCAUCGAGUCGACCAUGCAACCACGACAAGCGAAGCUCUUCCUCCCGCAGCGAACGACCACUCCUCCAAGCGAAUCGACUUUGACCCACAGCCCGUCGUCACGCUGCCCUACCGCACCCUCAACUCGAGCGCCAACAUCGAUGAGUUCGUAACCGAGGCGCCGUCGGGCGAGAUUGAGGGCCCCCCCGAGAAUGACGGGAGCGGCCGCCGCUACAAGCUGGUCACGUUCCUUCCCGACGAUCCAGAGAACCCCAAGAACUGGUCCAAAGCCUUCAAAUGGUACGCGACCAUGGUAGUGGCCAUCACUUGCUUCGUCGUAGCAUUCGCGUCGAGUGUCAUCACCGCAGACAUUGCCGGCGUCGUGGAGGAGUUUGGCGUCAGUGAGGAGGUUGCGCUCCUUAGCAUCACGGUCUUUGUCGUUGGGUUUGGUAUUGGUCCUAUGAUAUUUGCUCCCUUGUCAGAGGUUUACGGCAGGCAGAUCAUCUACGGUUCAACUCUCCUUGUCGCCGUUAUCUUCAUCAUCCCUUGCGCUGUAGCCCAAAACAUCGAAACCCUUCUCGUCUGCCGGGCCAUCGAUGGCAUCGCCUUCUCCGCACCAAUGACACUCGUUGGAGGCACCCUUGCCGACCUUUGGCGCAACGAGGAGCGCGGAGUUCCUAUGGCCGCUUUCAGUGCAGCCCCCUUCAUCGGCCCAGCUAUUGGUCCCUUAGUUGGCGGCUACCUCUCUGACGCAACAGGAUGGCGCUGGCUGUACUGGAUCCAGCUCAUCGUCUCCUUUGUCGUGUGGGUACUCAUCACCUUUACCGUACCCGAAACGUACGCGCCGACUAUUCUUGCCCGCCGUGCGCGUCAGAUCCAAAAGAAGACUGGGGAACAAGACCAUGUUACGGAGCAGGACCUCGAUACCCGCCCGGCGUCGGAGCGGCUAGCCAUCUUUCUCAUCCGGCCCUUCCAGCUGCUGUUCGGCGAGCUCAUUGUUUUCCUCAUUUCAAUCUACAUGAGCGUUUUGUAUGGGCUGCUAUACAUGUUCUUUGUUGCGUUUCCAAUCAUCUAUCAGGGAGGGAAAGGUUACUCGGCAGGAACCACUGGUCUCAUGUUUAUUCCCUGUGCCGUUGGCGUCCUGCUAUCCGCCUUCUGCGCUCCCCUGGUGAACAAGAACUACAUGCACCAGGUGCGCAAGUACAACAGCAAGCCGCCGGCUGAGGUUCGACUGAUCCCCAUGAUGUGCUCGUGCUGGUUCAUCCCCAUCGGGCUCUUCAUUUUCGCCUGGACCUCGUACAGUGAGCUGUCGUGGGCCGGCCCGGCCAUGGGCGGCUUCUCGGUCGGCUUCGGCUUCAUCUUCCUCUACAACUCGGCCAACAACUACCUCGUCGACUCGUACCAGCACCAGGCCGCCUCAGCCCUCGCGGCCAAGACCUUUAUCCGCAGCUUCUGGGGCGCUGCCGUCGUGCUCUUCACCGCCCAAAUGUACGACCGCCUCGGGAACCAGUGGGCCUCGACCCUGCUGGCCUUUAUCAGCGUCGCGUGCUGCGCCAUCCCGUUCCUGUUCUGGCGCUAUGGCGCCCGCAUCCGCAGGAGGAGCAAGUACGCCUAUGCCGGAGACGACGACGACGACGACGCCGCCGCCGCCGCCGCCUCACAGAACCACGAGGGGUCCUCAGUCGACCUGGAGAAAGGCCGAAGCAAGGAGCCCGAGAGGGAUGUGGAGGAUUUGAGGAGGGCGCAGAGCUACGUCAGCAAUCCGUGA